GACUGCGGACACAGUGCAGGAGAUGACCAGAGACUGUGGAUACAGUGCAGGAGAUGACCAGAGACUGCGGACACAGUGCAGGAGAUGACCAGAGACUGCGGACACAGUGCAGGGAAUGACCAGAGACUGCAGACAGUGCAGGGAAUGACCAGAGACUGCGGACACAGUGCAGGGAAUGACCAGAGACUGCAGACAACAGUGCAGGGAAUGACCAGAGACUGCGGACAGUGCAGGAAUGACCAGAGACUGCAGGACAGUGCAGGGAAUGACCAGAGACUGCAGACAGUGCAGGGAAUGACCUGAGACUGCAGACAACAGUGCAGGGAAUGACCAGAGACUGCAGACAGUGCAGGGAAUGACCAGAGACUGCAGACAGUGCAGGGAAUGACCAGAGACUGCUGACAGUGCAGGGAAUGACCAGAGACUGCAGACAGUGCAGGGAAUGAUCAGAGACUGCAGACAGUGCAGGGAAUGACCAGAGACUGCUGAC